CCGAGCGGUACUUUUUUGACUGCCGAUGUGUGCGCUGCGGCGACGGAGACCGAAGCCCGUUUGAGUCGGCGCUUUCGGCGACGCUACGCCUGGGGGGAAGCAGAGAGAAGGAACGUGAGUACAUCUCAUCUGUACAGAUCCUUUGCGGCCGCGUUCGUGCUAAGGAUGUGGGCGAUGUGGACGUGGGUGAUCGUGACGCGUUGCUCCAUCUUCUGCAGGAGUGUCGUCAGUACCUUUUUCCUUUUCACUACCUCUGUCACGAGCUGCACAAUACACUGAGCUUUGUUUACGCCGUGCUUGGUGACACGCGUGCUUGUCUGUGUAGUUGUCUAAGGGAGUUGGUCAUGUGGGAGGCCAUUGUGCCUGGAGCCCACCCGGUAAAACGGCGAAAGGUGCAGAACGCACUGCGGUGUUGUGCAGAUGAAUUUGCUGACAACAGCGACACGGUGAAAAUUGGCCCAAGCAGCAACAGCAAGAAUGAUACUCAUGAAGAGUCCCUGCUUCCGCUGCGGUCUCUUCUUAUGAAAUUUGCCACGCUGUAUGAUGUUGCCUGCUGA